AUGGCAGUCUCGUGGCUUCUAGCCAUCCCCAUCGUUGUAUUUCUUCUCAUCAACCUCAAAGCUCUCCCUCUUGUGUGGCACUUGCGGCUCUUCACAUUCCUCAUUCAAUCCCGCACAUGGCUCAAGCCGUCACAAAUCCACGCGACCGACACUGCCACUGCCCCUGGUAAACAACAACCUACAACACCAACACCAACACCAACAAUCUUCCAGCCCCUAAUAUUCCGCACCGCCUCCCCCUUGUUGGAGAUAGACUACUACCUGCACAAGUCGAACGCGACGUUCUUCGCCGACGUCGACAUCGCACGCUCGCACCUGGUGGCGGCACUGAUAUGGCCACUCGUGCGGCAUCCCACAGCCGCUCUCCUGCCCAAUGGCAACGCCGUCGUCCCCAAGGGCCAGAUGCUCGCCAUCAUGCUCGGCGGCGUGCAGUGCUCGUUCCGGCGCGAGAUCCGGCCGUACCAGAAAUACGAAAUCUGGACGCGAGUCCUCACCUGGGAUGAGAAAUGGGUGUUCUUCAUUAGUCAUUUUGUGCGGGCGGGCGCGGUUCCGGCGAGGCCUGAGUUCACGUUACAGCGGCGACGUGAGCGUGCGGCAGGCAAGCGCAUCGAGCAGGCGGAAAUUGGGAAAGCCGUUCUGGCUACCGCGGUGAGCAGGAACGUGCUCAAGUUGGGCCGGGCGACUGUGCGGCCGGAGGAUGUGUGGAGAGCUGCGGGAUUGUGGCCGGGAAGUCAAGAGGGAGUGGAAGGUGUGGAGAUGGUCAGACGGCGAGGGCUGGAUGUCUUGAAGAGUGACAAUCCUAAUGCUGUGCAUCGGUUUUUUGAGGAACUGGUGGAUCGGGAAGAUGGUGUUGUGGCGUUGGGCGAGUAUCGCGACCUUUGGGCUUGGUGUUAG